AAGAGAGAGUGAAUUCUUGUUUUAGAUCUCCCUUCCGACCGGUGACGGUGCUGGGGAGGAGGAGCAGACAUCCCCAGGAGAGGUGGAAGCCGGCCAUCUUGGAAGGGGGGCGGGUCCACGGUGCGCAACGUCACCAACCCAGACGGGGAGCGCUGUGGCAAUCGCGCAUUGGUCAACGGCGGUUGCCCGCGCUGCCCAAUGGGAGCGGGACGGAGCGUACAAAAGGGGGCGUGGCCCGGAGUUCUGUUCCUUCUGGCAAGAGCACUAACGGGACGCUCCGGAGCGAGACGGGAGGAGCGCAAACCCGGAAGUGCUGCACUGGUUCCGCCCUGUGUACCUGGGGGAAAGGAGGAAGGACGGACUGUUGUUUUGUUUUUGGUUUAUUGACAUUCUUCGUUGUUUUUGGUUUUUCCAAUUUCCCCCUGUUUGUUUUGCUUUGUGGUUGCCGGGUUACACAUCGUUGUGUAUCCCGGCUCCAUUAUUUUCUGUUGUGGCACAAUAAAGCCGCGGAUUAUUAUAACUAAAAGCCGGGACUGGUCUCUUUUAUUCUUCCCACCACCCACUCAGCCAUUCCUGUCACACGUGGUGUCAUCGUGGGAUGGACCCCACCACUUUAUCCGCGAUUCUGGAGGCGUUGGACAGCCGGAGGGAGGCUGAGGAACGGAGGAGGGAGGAGCGGUACACAGCCCUCAUCGAAAGGGUCGGGAUGGGGAUGACGUCGGCGGCAACCGGCCCCGUGAUGGUGGCCCCGAAGGCCCGGGCUCAGAAGAUGACGGCGGAGGAUGACCCCGAAGCCUACCUCGUAGCCUUCGAACGGCUGGCUACCACCGCAGCAUGGCCCCGGGAGUACUGGGCAAGCCAACUUGGCCCCUGCUUGAUGGGAGAAGCGCAAGCAGCAUACCGGGCCAUGACUGAUGAAGACGCCAGCCAGUACGAGUUAGUGAAGCAGGCUAUCCUCCGCCGCCUUAAUAUCACGGGGGAGACCCACCGAGUCCGCUUCCGGGAGUUCCAGCGACCAGCAAACACCCGGCCCAGGGUGGUGGCCCAACGAUUGUGCGACCACAUGGCGCAAUGGCUGAACCCCAGCCAGAAAACUGGGAUCCAGAUGGGGGAAGCCAUUGUAAUGGAACAAUUUUGCCAUGUGGUCGGGGCGGAGACGCAAGCGUGGAUACGCCGGCACAAUCCCACCACUCUGGAACAGGCCGUGGCCCUGGCGGAGAAUUUUGAGGACUCCCUCGUGUCCGCCCGCUCCACGUUGCUGGACUGCACCCCUCCCUCCUCUACCAAAGGACCACCACCGAACUUCGCUCCAGGACCACGACCCAGCAAAUCACCAGUCCCGUCGGGUCAUCCAGCCCCCUUACCGUGGAGGCAGAGGAAAACACGUAAGGAGAGACGGAAGGAAAAGUGGGAGGGCGCCUCGAUGAGACACGGCUGGGGACUGGCGGGGGAAGGUUCUGAUGGUCCCAAACGCCAAUCGAAGGGAGUGGGGACAUAG